UGUCUGAUAAACACCAAGAUGCACCAGUUAGCUUAGGUUUCAUUUGUAUUUCAAAUUUGCUUUAACUCCAUCAGCUGUGCCCUGCCAGUCUCAUUUGGUACAUGUGAAGUGAAACAACGCAGACUUGACCGAAAAAGUCGGCUACUGUGACCUAGCAGGGCAGUACAACUGGGUUAUACGUAUAAGAGAACUGGAGCAAUAAGCAUGAAAUGUAUUGCAACCACUGUACGUACAGCAAAGAUAAGAAAGAAGCAGCAGGAAGUUGUGGGAUUUUUGGAAGCCAAUAAAAUUGAUUUUCAAGAAUUGGAUAUAGCUGGCAAUGAAGAUAACAGACUGUGGAUGAGAGAACACGUUCCCUCUGAGAAAAAGCCACAGAAUGGUAUCCCCCUCCCUCCACAGAUCUUCAAUGAAGAAGGCUACUGUGGGGAUUUUGAGUCCUUCUUCAGUGCAAAGGAAGAAAACUCAGUCCAUUCAUUCCUGGGAAUAGGAACUCCACCCGAUUCAAAGGAAGACAUGGUAUCAAAGCAAGUAGCAGUCCUCCAGAAUGGUGAAGUUCCAGAAGAAGAAGCGCUCAAAAUCAAAUCAGGGGAUUAUAAAAGUGAAGAUGAAAGUACUGCCCUAAUGGAAGAGGAGGAAGAUGGUACAGAGGAGACAGCCAAACCAGAAGAAUAUACAGGAGUGCAAGAAUCUGAUGAAGAGCUGCCAGAAACAGAGGAUGAAGAGGAUGAACAACCACUGACUGAGGAUGAAGACGAAGAAAUGGCAGAAUAAUCUUAAUUUUUUAUGUGUUCUCAUAUGCAGGAGUAGUUUAGGAAGCAGAAGCCCUUGCCUUGCAACUGUGGAAUAAACAGCACCAUUUCAAUUGAAAUUUUGGACAUUACUACAAUCGCUUUCAUCUUUGGACAUCCCUUAGGAACAAAUCCCUACAACAUCUUUACCUUUAUGUGUGUUUGCUUAUCAUAAUAUUUGGGGUCAGCCUGUAUCUGCUUGCAGUUUAAACAGUUAGGAAAGCAAAGAUAGGAGUCUGAAAGUUGUAGCACUUUCAUGCUUUGGCUAUACAUUGCUCUAUUCUUUGAAGCUACUGAAGAAAGUUUUAUUUGUAUUUGGCAGUGCUACGGAUAUACCAGCAUUUCAUACCAUUAUAAUGAAUUCCUUUGCCAAUUUCUCUGCUUUAAUAACAACAUUAUAAUGAAAUUAUAGUUUUUAGUGCACUUAAAAUGUAGUAUCUUUUAAUGGAUUUUUGUAGCACCUGUUAUUAAUAUAUAAAGCACACAAGUUUGCUAAAAUCAGUAUAGUAGGUAGCAGAAGUGAUGUUAUGUGUUUAUAUUAAUGUUUUCCUUCUAGGAGGCUCCACCAAGCAGUCAUUUCCAUGACAGACCAGAAGGAACAGAAAUGCAAUUUUGUGUGUAGCAUAUACACAAAAAUAAAUGCAGAUGUGUAAUAUAUGCAUGCAUCACAUGGAAUACGGUACAGACUAAAACUGAAAUAAAUAGUACUUGUCUAAUAAAAUCAUACAAUACUGCACAGAUAAAGAAAAUAACAUAGUAUAGCAGGCUGAAAGUUCAUGUAUUAUGCACUAAGGACAUACUAAUAAGUGAGAUGAUUAAUUUUCAAGUCCUUGUAAAAUUAAUUUUUCAUAAAUGGAAAUCUAAUAAAUAUAACUUUUAACAUGUUAUUAUAGAAUAGGAGAGGAAGAGGAUCAACUGAAACUGGUGUUUGUUUUGUAUAUUUGAGCAAAACUAUUAAGAUCAGUUAAUUGGGAAAUAUGCAGAUCAGCUUGACUUGUUGAUCUAAAUGACUUUAAAGUUUCAAUGUCACAUUCAAAUGAUCUAUCAGUUGGAAACAACUUUUCAGGCAUAUAUGUGCAUGCCCAAAUUAAAUAGCAGCAUCACGUCACUGAUUUUAAUGUUUCUUUUUUCUGAUGUACACAGACACCCUUAUGGCAUUACUUACAGCCCAAAUUACUUUGUCUUAGUUAUUGAGCACUAUAAAAUAUGUCUGUUCCUCAUUGUUCUGACCUUUUGAGUUUGUACAGACUUCCAAAAGUGAUUGUUUCAGUGCAUUUAAAAAAGUAUAUUUUCUAUUCA